AUCGGCAUCGGGUUCAGAUUGCCGCAGGAGGAGUUCGGGGAAAUGGAGGGCAAGCGGGCUCUGCCCGCGGGUGUGAUGAAGAAGAGCAAGGGUGAGGGAGGCAAGCCGGAGGCGGUCAACCCCGACAACUCGAAUCUGGUCACCGUGUUCAGUCAGCUGGCAGACAAGUUUUUUGAGGAGGCCAAGAUGGACUCCAAGGCCAAGUUCAAGGCCAUCUCCAGUAACAAGGUGGCGGCUGUGUUGGCGGAAUUCCCCGAUAAGAUCACGACCGGCAACCUCAAGGAGGUGGCCAAGCUGCCCGGAGUGGGCAAGGGCUCCAUCGCCAAGCACCAUUCCAGUCAUCAUCACCACAACCACCACAACCACCACCAUCCGACACUCCGUCUGAUAGCCUCCAGAAUCCGCUCCGGCAGCCGCCCCGGCGCCCGUCGUGACGGCGCCCGUCUUGGCCUGGUGGUUGAGGGCGGCGGCAUGCGCGGCUGCAUUAGCGGUGCCAUGCUCAUGGCCCUCCAUGAUCUGGGCCUUACGGAUGUAUUCGAUGCGAUCUAUCGCGAAGACCUUACUCAGGGAACUGCCUUUUUGGAUUUCAGGAAUUUAUUUUCUCGGGAGUCGUCCGCACGACCCGUCAUGAACAUCGACUUCCUGAUUGACCACGUCAUGCACACCUCCAAGCCAUUAGACUGGGACGCAGUGCUAACCUCCCCCACACCUCUCAAGAUCGUGGCCUCCUGCCUAGACUCGCUACAGCCUGUCGUACUGUCGGAUUUCGCCGACCAAGGCGAGCUGGCGGAGGCGCUCAAGGCUACUGCUGCCGUACCGCGGAUCGCCGGCCCGCCGCGGCGGCUCCGCGGUCGUACACUGGUGGACGCGGCGGUAUUCGAGCCGGUUCCCUUGCCGUCUGCUAUCCGCGACGGCUGCACCCAUGUGCUAGUGCUGUGCACUAGGCCACCGUCGACUGGGACGGGGCCCUGGUCGCGGCGGGUUCAACACACCAUCGAGGUUGGCGGGGAGCAGCUCUAUUUUCAUUUUUAG